AAAAGCCCCGUUUUCAUAGACUCAACCGUGGAUGUUGAAAAGACAGCUCGUCGAGUGAUGUGGGGCAAAUGUGCGAAUGCGGGUCAGACUUGCGUUGCCCCAGACUACGUUCUUUGCACCAGGGAUACUGCGGACAAGUUCGUAUCGGCUGCGAAUAAGGCGAUCAAAGAAUUUUUCGGCGAAGACCCGAAACAGUCUGGAGAUUUUGGAAGGAUCAUCAACGACAGGCAUUUUGCCAGGAUCGUGGCGUUGAUGAAGGGGUGCGAAAUUGCUGUUGGUGGUCAGAUCGACAGCACUGAAAGGUGAGGCUCCAAAUUGGCUCGAUUUUACAUUGUUUUGGCCGGUUUAUUACCUGCAGUCUAGAAACAUUGUGCAUUAUACCUACCGUGACCAUACAUCCCGAUCUGAGCAGGACAGUCCAUUUUUUAGCUCUCUCUCUCUCUCUCUCUCUGUGUGUGUUCCGCACGCGUAUUACGCAACUUAAAAAGUGACAUUUUAUCGAUUUUUAAUGGCAUUAUGUACGAUUUUUUCGACAAAAUAUCACCUUCAUGUUCACUUGUGCUAGCUGAGCAUGCUGCAUCUGCUUCAGAGAUGGCACUAGCGGAGGCCAUUUUUAACUUCUAUGGCUUAAGCCAGGCCUGCCCAAAAUAAUUUUGUGGAGCGCCAUGUUUAGUAUUUUCGUAACCAUAGCGGGCCAAAAGAAAAGUAAAGUGACACAUUCUAAUUUGGUUCAUUUAUUUAAAAAAGCCUCUUUAUUUCACUUAUAAUAUUUAGGUAGGUACUCUUAAAAUCCAAUUAAUGAGAUGUCUGACAUUUUUUCCGUUUGCACAGUGUAUUUAUGUUAGCUGGUAAUUUAGAAGUGGCUAUGCGCAAAAUACUUGUAAGAUGAUGACUGUCUAAUAAAAAUGAUCUCAUUUUUGAUUUGUUAUAUAUCAUACGGGAAAACAGCUGCUAUAUAUAUAUGUACUACCGAAUAAAGAAAUGUUUUGAAGAGCUAAUUUAGUAAGGUUUGGGUUUUGGUUGGGUGUAAUAUAGUUUUUAUAAAAUCCGAUUAAUUUGGAAUACAACCAUUGUAUGCGGUUUUUAGAUGAGAACAACCUUGCAUUUCAAUUAAUUCUAGCUGUAGGUUCGGUUCUUAGUUUUCAAUUUCAACAUCAAAUGGAUUUUGGAAAACUUUUAUGCUGGAAAUUUGCGAUUAGAAGUCUAUGAAUCUCUCAUCAAAACUCAUUCCUCAACCUUUGCAACAACAACACGUACUUUACAACGUCCAAUGACUGUUGAUUUCUUGCAGAUAAGCUCUCCCAAUGAACCAACUGCUUUUCCAACAAUAAGAGCUUCUUCGCGGAAGCUUGAACAUGUUCAUAUAACUGCGUGAAUAGUUGAUCUUUCCCUGGCAGUUUUAAGUCAAGAUCAGAAAGAUAAUUAUGUCAACUAGGAAAGCCAGAUCAGCCAACCACUGCUCAUCAGUAAGGAAACUAAUGUCUUGGUCUUUGUUUUGAAGAUAUAUCUUUACUUCUUCGAGCAACGAAUAGAAUCGUUUCAGUGUGGCUGCUCUGCUGAGCCGUCGAACGCGACUGAAGAAUACGAUGUCUUCAGGAUCUGAACCGAUAUCAGACAGGAAAGCCUGGAACUACCUAUACAUUGCUCCAACCAUUUUGGUCGAUGUCAAACCGACUGAUCCAGUAAUGCAGGAAGAAAUUUUCGGUCCUCUUCUGCCCAUAGUAUACGUAGAAAAUGCCUAUGAUGCUAUGGCCUUCAUAAAUGAGAGAGAAAAACCGCUUGCCAUGUACAUCUUUUCCAAUGAUAGUCAUCUGGUUGACACUUUUUUGUCAACUACAUCUGCUGGUGGCGUAACUGUAAAUGAUGUUGUGAUGCAUUUGACUGUGCCAUCACUACCUUUUGGGGGAGUAGGGCAAAGUGGAAUGGGUUAUUAUCAUGGAAAGAACUCUUACGACACAUUUACGCACAAGAAGAGCGUCCUGCACAAGGACUUGUGGAUUUUGGGUGAAAAAUUGGGAUCUGCAAGAUAUCCACCUUCAUCCACGGGAAAAAUGAAGUAUCUGCAGCUCACGCUGGAUCCGAGACUUUCAUUUUCUUUUAAAUACCUGUCUCAUAUUAUGAUGUUUGCUUUGGGUGCUGGUAUGGUGUAUUGGCUGCAUUAUUUGAAAGAGCUCACUAAAUAACGUAUGCAAAUGAAAAUAUGGUGUCACAACAUUACUUGUAUUGAACGGUUGUGAUCAUGUGGUAUGUAAUUACUUUAAUUUUCUUGUACAUUCAUUGACAUUACCAACAAGAUUAACAAAUAAAAAAGAUAUUUUCAUAUUUCAAUGCAAAAUAAUCCCCAUGCUUACUGUUCAACAUGUUAUGUAAAGACUAAAAUAGGAUAAAUGAAAUACUUAAAACUUGUUUAUAGGCACGACUUAUUCCCAUGAAGUGUCAUACUGUAUUUGGUGCUGUGUGUAUCGCCAAAGUUUUCUCAUAUACAACCAUUUUUCUUCUUUCUUUGAUGGUCUAAUUACAUCUUUAUGCAGGAAUGAAUUAUUUACUGUUGAUCCUCAUUGAUACUAACUUGUGAGUUACAUAUAGCCUUUAUCAUGAGUAUCCAUUAUGGAAGGACAGCUAAGUAUCUAGUAAUAUUUCAAAAUUCCCCAUAUCAGAAAAGGACACAUAAUUCUUUUAAUUUUUUGUACACUACAGAUUCAUUUUGUACUUGCUAACAUCUCUUUUAUUUAAAAAAGUUCAUUUGCAUACAAGAAACAAAGUGCUACUAACAAGUUUUACUAGAUUUACUCCCGAUUCAUUAUGGCCAACGUUGCACAUUAACACAAUAAUGUCACUUGUUGAUCAGCUGUUCACCUCAGUAGACGUCAAAGCGUGAUGAAUACUCGUGAAAUAGGGUAUAUUUGAUUUCCUAUUAUAACCAAACACUUUUGACAGUCCACUUUUAGCAUUUGUUAUUGGUGCAUUUGAUCUUCAUAUAUAUUUUUUAUUAUAUAUUUCUUGCCUCUCUAUUGGUAUCUUAAACCUUGAGUACAAUUUUAUAUUGAAAAAGGCUAUUGUAUAAGGUAUAUGUUUUGGGUUUUGUAAAAAAAGUAUUGCAUAUGUAAGAUAAACACUUAUUUUAUAUUUUAUUAUCAGGGUGUUAGGCCUUUCACCAUCUGUAUAUCAUAUUUUAGUAUCAAAUAAAAACAAAAAGUAUA